CCCCAUCUAAAACCUUAUCUUUGCUCCAGCACAAAUAUCUGGGGAGAAAAAAGAGAAAAAACCCAAGAGAGACAGCGAGCCAUGGAAAUGCCCGGAAUGAACUCCACCGCCGCCCACGGCCACGCCCACGGCCACAUGAUGCACAUGACGUUCUUCUGGGGCAAGAACGCCGAGGUCCUCUUCUCCGGCUGGCCGGGAUACGACCACUUCGGGAUGUAUAUCCUAUCGCUGCUGGUCGUUUUUGCUCUGGCUUUUCUAGUGGAGUGGGUGUCGAAUCGCGGCGGCGUGGAGGAUUCCGAGAGCCAGGUGGCGGCGGGGCUGCUGGAGACGGCGGUGUACGCGGUGAGAAUCGGGCUGGCGUACAUAGUGAUGCUGGCCGUGAUGUCGUUCAACGGCGGCGUGUUCUUAGCGGCCAUCGCCGGCCACACCCUCGGAUUCUUCUUCUUCGGCAGCGUGGCUUUCAAGAAAUCGCCGCUCACAUCUUAUGUCAAGAGAUCUGAUCUUUCUCCUAAUGAGUUGUAAUUGUUCAUCGAUGAUUGAUGAACCAAGUAAUACAUAUUCUCUGUAUUGUUAAGUAAAGUUUAAAAUUUUGUUUUUUUUUUUU